AUGGUGGUCCGAAUGGCAAAGGACGCCAAGACCAACAAUGGUUCUGGCAUUGUCAAAUACUUUGCUGUGAUCCUUCUUCUUGUUGGAAGCUCGCUUGUUCCUACCAUGUUAAAUACCAAAAGCAUGUAUAGAGAUUUACAUGCCAUGGUAUAUGCGGAAACUCCUUCCAGCAAACAAGUAUCAUCAAGUCAAUCGAGAAUAUCAGGCCGAAAUUUUACAGACGGUUUGCUGGAUAAUGACAACAAUGAUGUUAUUACAAGAACGACUCCAAAAAGCAACGGCUUACAAGAACCCCACGACAAUCCUCGCACUGAUUCCUCCAUUCCCGUUCCGCACUUUGAGAAACAAGAGGGCGUCGCCAUUGUCACGCAAAUCCAUGGACCUCAUCAAUACAAACUUCUGCGGCAGUCCUUUUGUUUACUGCACAAAGCUUACAAUUCCAGACUGUUAUAUGAUUAUAUAGUCUUUUUGGCAGAACCACUCGCCCAAGAAGACAUUGACGAAGUGACCAAGCUCGUGUAUCCUGCCAAAUUGACCUUUGUCAGCAAUGCUCCCAAUGGAUUCCAUGCCUUACUAGAGGAAUUGGAACCCGCACGGCGAGAUAGUCUAUUAAAAAGAUGCAAGGAUCCAGACAUGUACAACUUGAACUGGGGUUCCGAAUGCCCCGGACGAUUGGCCUACAGUUGGCAGGCCGAGUUUCGAUCACUCAGGGUAUGGAGACAACCGGCGUUGGCGGACUACAAAUACAUGUUUUGGAUUGAUUCCGACAUGUUUGCCACUGGAGUUUGGAAGCAAGAUCCGGUUGCUUACAUGGUGGCCCACGAUCUAGUGGUCUUAUUUGCCCAUCACGGAGGUGGUCGGGCGAGGCCCCAAGAAGUGGACAAAACACACGAAGUUUACGGCAAAAGUUUCUGCGAUCUCAGUUUGACAAAGGACGGAUUCUUUCACUCCGUAAUGAGUAAAGCUUGUCAUGAACGAUAUGCUGCCAUUCAUGGAUUCUUUCACAUUACCAAUCUCGACUUUUAUCGGACAGAUGAGGUGCACCAAUGGCUCACCACCUUUCGACACGAUUGUUUCCUGUGUCGGGAGUACGACGAUCAAGUAGCAGUGACGGUUCCCGCGGCAGUUUUGGCUCCCAAUCGAUCCAAGGAUAUGCGAAAAUCUGGCUUGAUCUUGAACAACUACCACAAUUCCAUGAUUGAUGGUCAAAUAAAAUCCGUUCCAGCAGGAUUCAAAAUGUACUGGAGAAAAAUCGGGGCAUUUAACUUCACUGAAGCCGAUGGAUUUUGUCCAAUCACGGAAGCAAGCUAG